UCAAAUUAGUUGGCGAAAAGUAACGACGAGGUCGAAAAAUAUUCAAAAUAAAAAAAAAAAUACAAAAUAAUUCAUUUUGCCAAUAGACUAUCAAUUUAAAAUGAACGGUAUAAAGUAUUUAACGUUACGAUUUGGUAAGUUAGUGGCGAAAAACACAUCAAGAGUUUGUCGCCAAAAAUCUCUCCGUGAAAUGUCUAGUAUGCAAAAUCCUCCGGACUCUGAACUUAGGACACAGUUCACAAUCCCAAAUGGUAUCGUGGGACAGCCGACAUUUCACACCCAUCCACAUUUAAUACCUCAUGGCCAUCUAACUUGUGGUAUUACACAAAUGGAAUACAAAGAGCGCAGAGAGGCGUUGGUUAGCAAGUUGAUAUCUGAAGUGGACAAUGUCCACAGAUCGCAUGUGAUAGUAAUACCAGCCGCAAGAAAGCAGUAUAUGUCAGAUAAAAUUCCAUAUGUGUUCAGACAGAACUCUGACUUUUUCUAUCUAACAGGAUGUUUGGAACCCUCUGCCAUUCUUGUGAUGGUCAAACCAGCAAAUAGAGACACUUAUAAGUCAAUACUCUUUGUUCAUGAUAAAGACAGUCAUGCAGAAUUAUGGGAAGGACCGAGAACAGGCUGUGGUGUUGCCGCAACUCUGUUUGCCGUGGACGAAGCACAACCCGUUGAUAAUUUCAAUAAUUUUAUUCACAGAACAGUGGCCUCGUCGAAACCCUCCGUACUCUGGUACCACAACGAGUCACCAGCGAACCCCGACAUCCACGAGACAGUGCGUUCGUCGCUCCGGCAAGGACAAGCGGCAUUGGAGGACCCGCAGAGGGCGUUGCAUCAGAUGCGUGUUGUCAAGUCGCCGGCCGAAGUGGAACUGAUGAAGGAGACGUGUUAUAUCGGAUCGCAGUCUGUGAACAUGGCCAUGGCCUGCACGAAACCCGGCGUAUCGGAGCACGCGAUAUCGUCCGUGUUCGAGUACGCGUGCCGCAUGUCGGGCGCGGAGCACGGCGCCUUCCCGCCGGUGGUGGCGGGCGGGCCGCGCGCCGUGCACAUACACUACGUGGCCAACAACCAGCUGCUGGCGCAGCGGGACAUGCUGCUCAUUGAUGCGGGUUGUCAACGUUGGCUCUACAACUCGGACAUAUCUCGCACGUGGCCCGUGUCUGGCAAAUUCUCCAAACAUCACAGGAUAUUGUAUGAGCUUGUUUUAUCCGUUCAGAAACGUCUGAUUGAGCUGCUUGGCGAACAGAGGCCAGCGUUGGACCAACUGUUCGACAACAUGUGUCGACUGCUCGGCACAUCCCUGCAACAGGAAGGCAUUCUACCUAAGAAUAUAGAUGCUAAUGAAUUAAUUGGGCGCGCGUACCGCCUGUGCCCGCACCACGUGUCGCACUACCUCGGGCUGGACGUGCACGACGCGCCGCUGGUGCGCCGCCGCGUGCCCGUAAAAUCUGUAAUAAUAUUUGGCAUUACAGGAAUCUAUAUCCGGCCAGAUGACACCACCGUCCCAGAGGAGUUCAGAGGAGUGGGCAUAAGGAUCGAGGACGACGUACUUAUAACGGACGGAAAUCCGGUCGUGUUGACCGACGCGUGCGCAAAGGAAGUGAACGAUAUAGAGGCUAUUGUGGGAAAACAGAAUAUUUAAUUUUGUCGGUCGUUAUUUUCAGCAGUUGGCUGAUUAUUUUCAUCAGUUGGCUGACUUUGAGAUUAAUUGACUCUCAAUUACUGAAAAAGAAUAUUAUAAUAAUACGUUUAUGAGGACCACAGAUAAUUUGUAUUUUAUUUUCUUAGACCCCUAUGCAUCUGAUUGCACACUUAUUUCAUGAUGUAUAAUUUUUUUUAUCAAUAUUGAAGCAUAACAAUUUAUGGAAAAUCCUUCUGUCAGUCGGGUAAUUGUUCAUUGUACUUAAUAUCAGUUUGAUGAAUACUUUGAACAGAUGUAAAUAACUGAAU